AGUUAUCCAGGAUCAAUGCCCUCACUACUACCACCUCUACUGGUUUUUGUGGAAAACUAAUAUGCCAGCUGGAAUAAAUGCAUUUAGGCAACGCCGACCUGAGGACCUACCCGACAACUUUCUAGUCGCCCAGUUGUUAGAGAACGAGGACGCACCACCCUGCAAGAAGCUCAAGACCAAGGACCUAGAGUUGGAGCAGCUUCAGCGGGGCGCGGAGGCGGGGCGGAAGAUGGUGAACAUGCUGCACCUGGUGGUUCCUCAGGCGGUCGAGUCUCUCAACAGCCAGCUGGAGUCGUCGGUCGCCCAGCUUGGCCAAGUGGAGGAGUCCCUGGAGAGGCGUAUGCAGCGGGAGGCGGCCGGCGAUGUGGGCACCACGUCGGACGCCGUGGAGGAGCCGCUGCAGCUAGCGCGGCAGCUGGAGGCCAGCCACCGCCUGCUCACCUCCACCAAGUGCACCGUCGCUGCCGAAGAGGAGGCUGGCUCUGCCUGGACGGCCUCUGUGCAGCGCGGUGGGUGCGGCGACAUCUUGCGCUUGAUGCUGCAGCUGCGGGCGGACGGCCAGCUGAGAAAGGUUGACGACGCCAUCGCCGUUCCUGACGGCCCUGCUGCGCCUUACGUGGGGCCGCCUCUCAUCUAUACUCUUAAGAUAACUGACAAACACAUCGACAAUUGUCGUCUAAAAGUGGCUGACAUUCUUCGGGACGUCCUGCAUCGAUGGGCCAUUCCUCGCAGGCUGAAGAACUUACACGGCGGUGGCUCUGAGGACCUGCUGCAGGUCGUGGGGCCACACCUCGAGGAGCUGGGGUUCCCGUACACCUGGGAGGCUCAGCCCAGCGUCAUGGAGGAAGUGGAGAAGAUGUCGGGACUCAAAAGACUAGAUGUUACAUGCGCUAAGAAUGUUAACCACCCGGACCUACCGUUGCUGUUGGAAGAACUCUCUGUGUGUUACAUGACUGUGAAUCAGCUGCGAUGUGUUGAACGCAUGCCCAGGCUGCGCAGCUUGUGUGUGUUUAAUUACCAUGGUCCAAAUCUGACUUUGCCCCCCUCGCAGCAUGGCAGGCUGCUUUGGCUUCAGGUGGCCAUUAAUGCUAAGCACAGGCCCACCAUGCUUCUCAUUCGCGCUCAUGCCUCAUCUCUGCGGGAACUACGUGUAUGCUGUACCUUCUCUCCCGACAUGGCCUUCUACUUCCCCGACCUGGCCCAGGAGCUGGCGGAUUGCGGCCUUCGCGCCUUGCAGCGGGUCGUCCUUGUACGUCCAGAGAAAUAUAUUUGCUCGGAUCGGUCUGCUGGCUGCGUGUUGCAGCGAAGAAAUAUCCGAAGCGUAUUCCCAUCGUCUGUCGACGUUGUUUGCAGAUCGUGUCACUCACUGGAAUUUUAGUUGAAUUAAUUGCCGCAAUAUGUUUUUCCGCGCGAUAUGUAGCGAUAUGCCAUCUUUGCUCUUAACUAAACCUUUACGCGUUCAAAACCCCAGCUGCAAGGACGUUUUAAACCUGUGAAGAUGUUCUAAAAAUUAUGUUGCUCUUCUUUCAUAAAUACUAAGGUACUUUUACAGUUUUGUCUUUUAAAAUCAUGGUUUUAAUUAAGUAAUAAAUGCGUAUUUUGUUUCAUCUG